AUGGCGGCGGCUAGUAGGGCCGGAUUGGCGGCUAACGUUUUCCCGUUCCGCGACGCUCGCUCGGCGCCUGAUCCGGUAUUGGAGACCGGUCCGGUGGCAUACGGGCCACUACCUGUGCCUUUGGUGCUGGACAAUGGAUCAUUCCAGGCCCGUGCCGGCUGGGCGUGCCCUGGGCCGGAUCCUGGGCCAGAGCCGCGCCUGCAGUUCCGUGCGGUGUGCGCCCGCGGUCGUGGUGCGGCCCGUGGCGGGCCGGGCCCGCAGGUGGGCAAUGCCCUGGGCAGCCUGGAGCCGCUUCGCUGGAUGCUGCGCUCGCCCUUCGACCGCAACGUGCCUGUUAACCUGGAGCUGCAGGAGCUGUUGCUUGACUACAGUUUCCAGCACCUGGGUGUUUCCUCCCAGGGCUGUGUUAAUCAUCCCAUAGUUUUGACAGAAGCUGUUUGCAACCCACUGUAUUCACGGCAAAUGAUGUCCGAACUUCUUUUUGAGUGCUACGGGAUUCCAAAGGUUGCCUAUGGAAUAGACAGUCUCUUCAGCUUUUACCACAAUAAGCCAAAGAGCUUGAGUUCCAGUGGGCUUAUCAUUUCAUCUGGAUACCAGUGUACACAUAUUUUACCCAUCUUAGAGGGAAGGUUAGAUGCUAAAAACUGCAAGCGCAUCAAUCUUGGAGGAAGCCAAGCAGCUGGCUACCUCCAGCGUCUCCUUCAGCUGAAGUACCCUGGGCACCUGGCAGCUAUCACACUCAGCCGCAUGGAGGAGAUCCUGCACGAGCACAGCUACAUUGCUGAGGACUAUAUCGAAGAAUUGCAGAAAUGGCAGUGCCCUGACUAUUAUGAGAACAACGUCCACAAGAUGCAGCUACCCUUUUCCAGCAAGCUCCUGGGCAGCACUCUGACCUCUGAGGAGAAGCAGGAGAGGCGGCAGCAGCAACUCCGGCGACUGCAGGAGCUCAACGCCCGCCGGCGGGAGGAGAAGCUGCAGCUCGACCAGGAGCGGCUGGACAGGCUGCUCUACGUGCAAGAACUUCUAGAGGAUGGCCAGAUGGAUCAGUUUCACAAAGCCCUGAUGGAGCUGAACAUGGAUUCACCAGAGGAGCUGCAGUCCUACAUCCAAAAGCUCAGUUCAGCAGUGGAGCAAGCUAAGCAGAAAAUCCUUCAGGCAGAAGUCAGCUUUGUGGUGGAUGUGGUAGACAGCAAGCCAGAGACACCUGACCUGGAGCAGCUGGAGCCGCCACUGGAAGAUGUGGAAAAUAUCCAGGACUUUGAGCCCUUGUUUUCAGAGGAAACACCUGAAGUGGAGAAGCCAGUUACCACUGUCCAGCCCAUGUUUAAUUUGGCAGCAUAUCAUCAGCUGUUUGUUGGAACAGAAAGAAUUCGAGCUCCAGAGAUUAUUUUCCAGCCGUCUCUUAUUGGAGAAGAACAGGCUGGGAUAGCGGAGAUCCUUCAGUACAUUCUGGACAGGUAUCCAAAAGAUGUCCAGGAGCUGCUGGUUCAGAAUGUGUUCCUCACUGGCGGGAACAUGAUGUACCCGGGGAUGAAAGCCAGGAUUGAGAAGGAGCUGCUGGAGAUGAGGCCUUUCCAGUCUUCCUUCCAGGUUCAACUUGCCUCUAACCCUGUGCUGGAUGCCUGGUAUGGUGCUCGUGACUGGGCCUUGGACCACCUAGACAAUGAAGAAGUCUGGGUCACCAGGAAGGAAUAUGAGGAAAAGGGUGGGGAGUACCUUAAGGAGCACCGUGCUUCCAACAUCUACGUUCCCAUCCGCCUCCCCAAACAGGCUUCACGGUUCUCGGACUCCCAGGCUUCUGGCAAGGGUGGGGGGACCAGUGGGAGCGGUGCUGGAGAGCAUGCUUAG